AUGGAGAAAUUUGGCAAGGAGUUUAGAGCAAAAUACUUUACCAAUUUAGAUAAGGAUGUAUACCCAGUAAACCAUGGAUCAUAUGGCUUAACACCAACACCAAUCCAUGAAAAGUACUUGGAAAAUAUCACUGGUCAUGCAAACUACCCCGACAAGUAUAUGAAGCAAGAACAGAAGGAAAAAUAUGUUCAAAGUUUGCAAGCGUUAUCCAAGGUUUUGAAUUGCGACUAUCAUAAUUUGGCUAUUGUUGACAAUGCCACCACCGGUAUCAACACAAUUUUAAGAAGUUACCCUUUUGCAAAAGGUGAUUCAAUUGUUAUGCAAAGCACAGUAUAUGGAGCUUGUGGAAAUACUGUCAGGUUUUUGAAAGAUCGGUAUGAUAUUGAUUUCCACGUUGUUGAAAUCAACUACCCCAUCACUGAUAAAGAAAUUUUAACCAAGUUUGAAAACGUAUUCAAAGAAGUCAAGCCAAAAUUGUGCAUGUUUGACACAGUUUCAUCAAUGCCAGGAGUCAUCUUUCCUUACAAGGAAACGACUCAGUUAUGUCACAAAUACAAGGUUCUUUCAUUGAUUGAUGGAGCCCAUGGAAUUGGAUGCAUUCCCCAGGACUUGUCAGCACUCAAGCCGGAUUUCUAUGUUAGCAAUUUACAUAAGUGGUAUUUUGUACCCUUUGGUUGUUCUGUGUUGUAUGUUGAUCAAAAGCACCAUAAGUACAUUCAUACCUUGCCUGUGAGCCACUCAUACUUGCCUUCCACCGUUGAGUUGCCCGAGGAAGACGAAAAGAAUAGGUUGGUCGAUAAAUUCUUUUUCACUGGAACUAAAAAUUUUGCCUCCAUUGAUGUCAUCCCAUAUGCAGUGGAGUUCAGACAACAAGUAUGUGGUGGAGAGAACGUCAUCUAUGAUUACUGUCACAAUUUAGCUAUGCAAACGGGUGAGUUAGUUGGUAAGAAAUGGAGAACAUCUGCUUUAGACCAGAAAAAUGCUACUCAAAUUAGUACAAUGGUGACAGUUCCAGUCCCCAUUGAUGUUCCUGAAUUUAUUGAAAAUUGGCCCAAAUAUGAUAAUUUGGUGUAUGCCAAGUGUUUUGCUAGGAAGGCUUAUACGCCAUGUAUUGCUCAUAAUGGUAAAUUAAUGGCUAGGUUCUCGUGCCAAAUUUACAAUGAAUUGAACGAUUACGAUUAUGCUAGUGAUGUGUUGAUUGAAGCAUUGAAUGAGGUUGCAAAAGAGGAGAAAUUGAUCAAGUAG